GGCGUUGCUCUUGUCCAGCGUAGCAGGUGGUUGCAUGCAGUUUGGAUGGAUAGGAAAAAGACCUGAGAAUCCUCAACUCAAACUUAACGGCUGAAAUCGGCAGCAAUAUCAACACUCGCCAGGCAGGAGCCGCCAUCAUUUAACCCGUGCAACACAUAAUGUACGAACUAUUGAGAGCGGCCAUGCUUCCCACGAGUCAACUUUUGGAUACCGCAGAGGCAGAGGGUUGCCCGCACGCUUGCGACGCUGGUAUCUAUGGUGUAAAUUAUGACCUAUGGCGGAGCACCGGUAUCAACUGGACGACACACAGGCGCUUCGAGUACGGCCAUUGCCAUAAUAGCAUAUUGUCGCAAAACACCUUCUUACGAAGCGGUUGGAUAUGUCACAGCUGCUGCUACAGUGUGGAACGUGGCCAUAAAACCUGUUCUUGCAAUCAUAAUCUUUGUUACAAAUGACAGCAGUCAUAGGAAUGAGAAAGGUCGGGUCCCAUGAGAGAUCUAGACACUCAGAUACAGUAAGCAUAUACGAUGAGUAUUGCUGUUGGGCCCUAGAACAUCAAGAGGCGAACCAAACUUGCAGCAUGA